AUGGAAACAAGUUCUUCGUCGACAAAUUCAUCAACUCGAUCGAAAAAAUUACCACCACCGCCAUUAUGUUUGCCCGCUUCAAAAGAGGAAGAAAAUACGUUGAAUUCUAAUAAAAAACGUGAACAAAAAAAAUCGACAAAUCAUUGUUGUCUAUCUUCAUCAGUAGAAGAUUGCCCACAUAAAUCUAUUCCUUAUAUUCUUCCUGCUAGUCAACGGCCACAAAUUCUUGACACAUUAAUGGCUUCUUCAUCUGUAUUAUUAGUUCCGCCACCAUCAGAAUCAAAGCAUAAAAAAUUUCAUAAUAUCGCUUAUACAAAUCGAUUGAAUCUACUCAAGCAACGUCAAUCAUCAUCAAAAGUGAUAAUUGAUGAUACUGAAUGGAUUGAUUGCAUACGUUUAAUUGUACAUAAACCAUUAGAACGUGAGCUUAAAUCAUUACUUGAUAAGUAUAAAAUGACAUAUUUUGAUCGAGUUAAUGCACCGAAUACAACCGACGAUACUAUUCGUUCUUGCUUAUCUACUAUGAUUUCUGAGGCUUUAACUACAUACUCACCCGCUCCAAUAUUAUCAACGCGAACAGUGGAUGAUUUAGCAAGAAAUGUUUCGUCUCCUGUUCAAGCGACAACUAUAACAAAUAAUGGAAAUGCGAAACGGAAACGAAAAAAUAUUAGCAAUAGCUUCUCUACAUCAACACCAGUUUCAAUAAAUAGUCAAACAAAAUUUGUUAUUAGCCACAUUGUACCUGGUAAAUAUGAUACUCACAGUAAUGGUAAUAAAAUGACAAAUCAACAACAACAACAAAAACAAUUUCAAAAGAAAUAUAGUCAUCUGUUCAAACACAUACCGGAUACAGAAGAGCAAGAAUAUCUCACGCGUGAAGGUAAUUGGAAAAAUGUAUCAAUUUCUUCUUCUCGUCUGUUGAACAAUAAUAAUAUUUGUUUAAUGUUAUAUGAUGAAGUUAUCAAUUAUAUGGAUGAAUAUGACCUUGAAUUGAGUGGAAUAUCUCUUGAAGAUUCAUUUACACUACCAGAAACAAUUCUUGCACAUAUAAAUUCAUCUACGUAA